AUGAAUCUCCAUCUUACUUUCAGGAGGAUUGGCAGCCUUGAUGUACACAGACACAGUCCAGACUUUUGUCAUGGUUGGAGGUGCUUUCAUCCUAAUGGGUUUUGCCUUCAAUGAAAUCGGAGGUUAUCAAGGAUUAUUUGACAAAUAUAUGGAGGCAAUUCCCAAGCAGACACUGUCACCCAUCCCUGCCCUCUACAACAUCUCGUCUUCCUGCUACCUGCCCCGUGAAGACUCCUUCCACAUGAUCAGAGAUGCCACCACUAGCGAUCUGCCCUGGCCAGCUGUCAUCCUCGGUCUUUCCAUCAACUCUAUCUGGUAUUGGUGCAGUGACCAGGUCAUAGUACAGAGGUGCCUGGCUGGAAAGAACUUGACCCAUGUCAAAGCUGGCUGCAUCCUUUGUGGGUACCUCAAACUACUACCGAUGUUCCUCAUGGUAAUGCCUGGCAUGAUGAGCCGGAUCCUGUAUCCAGAUGAAGUAGCUUGCAUCAUUCCAGAUGAAUGCAAGAAAAUAUGUGGCACAGAAGUUGGGUGUUCUAACAUUGCCUAUCCAAAAUUGGUUGUGUCUCUCAUGCCAAAUGGCCUUCGGGGGCUGAUGUUAGCAGUGAUGCUGGCAGCCCUCAUGAGCUCCCUAGCCUCCAUCUUCAACAGCAGCGGUACCCUCUUCACCAUGGACAUCUACAAACGCUUGAGACCCCAAGCCAAGGAGAGGGAGCUGUUGAUUGUGGGCCGGGUGUGGAUCUUUCUGCUUGUGGGGAUCAGCAUUGCAUGGAUCCCUGUGGUACAGGUUGCCCAAGGUGGACAGCUCUUUGACUAUAUCCAGUCCAUCAGCAGUUAUCUGGCCCCACCCAUUGCUGCCAUUUUUCUCCUUGGAGUUUUUGUCAAAAGGCUUAAUGAGCAGGGUGCAUUCUGGGGCAUGAUGGGAGGACUAGCCAUCGGCAUGGCUCGAAUGAUCCCAGAAUUCAUCUAUGGAACAGGUAGCUGUCUCUUCCCAAGCAACUGCCCUCGCCUGAUCUGUGGGGUCCACUACCUUUACUUUGCCAUUAUCCUAUUCUUGGCCACAGCUGCCAUUGCAGUGGGGGUCUCGCUCUGCACUUCACCAAUUCCUGAUAAACAUCUACAUCGCCUGGUAUUCAGCCUCAGGCACAGUAAAGAGACACGGAUCAAUCUGGAUACAGAAGAGGAGGAGGAGGAAGCAAAACGGCGGCAGCAGCGGCAAGCAGAGAAUGCAGCCACCGGGAAUGGAAGACCAGAGCUGGUCCUAGAAGUGGAUGAUCCCAAAACAAUGACCUCCUGUGGCCGACUAUGCCAAGGCCUAGCCUGGUUUUGUGGGAUGAAUUCUGGCAGCCCAAAGGAACCAGAACUGAACCCAGAAGAGAAGGACAAGGAUCUCCAGCAUCUGGCAGGCAUCACAGAGCACACGCUCUGGAAGCAAGUAGUCAACAUUAAUGCUGUGAUCAUGAUGGCCCUGGCCAUCUUCAUGUGGGCCUUCUAUGCCUGAGGAUCCUCAACAGCUCAAUAGAAUAUGUUGCUCACCAACCUUAUUACAGCUACAUCCCAUCAACCCAUCAAUCCCAGAGAACAACAGGAGCAAAAAGAUGGCACCAGGAGGGACUGUCUAACAGUCAUCU